AUGGACCCCAAAUCACCACGGCCACGCCAAGUUACUGGCGAAGAGGGAGAAACUUCCAGUCGAAGUAUUGGUGCUAUUUUUCUGGAAGUCUCUUGCUCCUGGGAUACGGGUAUGGCCAACCCCGAGGUCAAAGAGGAGGCAAUGCUCGAGCUGGCGAAACGAGUCGUCUUAAAAAGAGCGUAUGCAGAAGAGUUCGCAAAGAAGGCGAAGGCGAAGGCGAAGGCCAAGCAGUUAAUUAGCACGAGAUUAUGUACGACACCCGUGCGGCUCAGGCAUCUGAUUGCGAGACAACCCCGUCUAAGCGAUUAA